GUCGAUCCCGGCAUUUCGUCGUACAUCUCACAGAAGCCGAAGUUGGCAGGUGUUAUUGGUGAACUACCGAUAAAUGCACACAUCCAUUCAAUUUAUCAUCAUCUUGAAACAUUUGUUCGCGUCACAGAUCCCUGCA